UCAUAUCAGCGCCAGAUACAGACCUGAAAGCCACCGGCGCACACCCACACAGGCAUACGUCGUGGCUUUCCAAUGAAUGCCGUGUUUGUUGACAGGCCACCUGACAGAAUGCUCCACAUGGCACCCGCGAUAGCCAGCGGGGUGAGGUGGGCGUAGUAGUAGAGCAUGAGCACGGCAUUCACCGUCGCCCAGGCAAACCCCAGAGAUAUGAUGCGAGACGCCCACAGACCCUCCUGGUACAUGUACAGCAAGAUGCCCGCAGCCAGGAACGCACUCCUGAACCAUACACCCAUCAAUCAAUACCCACAUCCAACAUGCACAUACGGCGCACACACCGAUGUGGUUGAUGAGAAUGCCUUCGCGGUCGUCUUUCCCUUUCCUUUACCCGGUGAUUUUGGUGAGUGCUUCGAAGUAGACGUUAUACAGCACGUCGCCAGUGAAGAGCAGCAUCAGCGACUGCUCCGGCGAGAAGAGCUGACAGGAACAGCACCCACAGCACCCACACGAUGACCAUUGCUUGCACCAUGCGUGGACUUGCGUACCCAUGCCAU